UAUCUAUGGUGGUCGCAUUGAGAAACCUCGCGAUGUUCAGAGAGACCGCACUUUCCAACAUGGCAGGUAGUAAGACCGUGUUAGAGGGGCGAGUUAGUAUAAAAAGCUUCAUUUUGGGAUUCUGUGUUAUUUUAAUUCCCAUUAUUUCAUCGCUGACGUCCCACGUUUCCUGGGUAUCAGACUAUCUAACCGGUGCAGGGGGCAAAGUGACUAUUGCUGUAUAUCUGGUGGUGAUUAACAGCUUCUUGCUUGUCGUGUACAAAGGACCUAUUUAUAAGGUUGCUGUGCGGGCUUGUUUUCUUGGCUUUACCUUUGGCUGUGGUCUGCUGAUCAGUUUGAGUCAGACAACAUGGACACACUUUGGCUGGUACAUGUGCUCCUUGUCCUUCUUCCACUACUCUGAAUACUUGGUGACGGCCAUGAUUAACCCCCAAAGCCUGUCCUUAGACUCUUUCCUCCUCAACCACAGCCUGGAGUACAAUGUGGCUGCUCUGUCCUCAUGGCUGGAGUUUACUGUGGAGGUGCUUCUGGUCCCAGAGCUGAAGCAGUGGCGCUGGCUCAGUCUGAUGGGGUUGCUGAUGGUGGUGUGUGGGGAGUGCCUGAGGAAGUCUGCCAUGCUGACCGCUGGCUCCAACUUCAACCACAUCGUCCAGAACGAGAAGGCCCAGAGCCAUGUGCUGGUGACCACUGGGGUGUACUCCUGCUUCAGGCACCCCUCCUAUGUGGGCUGGUUCUACUGGAGCAUCGGCACGCAGGUGGUGCUCUGUAACCCUGUGUGCGUGCUGGGCUACACGUUGGCCAGCUGGCGCUUUUUCCGGGAGCGCAUUGAGGAGGAGGAGAUGUCGCUCAUUCUCUUUUUUGGACCAGAGUACUUGGAGUACAAGCAAAAGGUGCCUACAGGCCUGCCCUUCAUCCAGGGCAUGUGUUUGGAGCCCUAAACUGACUGCAGGGGAAGUGAAAAAGAAAUGAUAAUAUAUUUGAAUAAACAUGCCAAAGCCUCCUCAGGCCGGCUCUGAGUUGGGGGCAGCUGGCAGUCUAGUGACACUGUGGCUCUGCCCCCUGGCUGCAUGGAGGUCCCAGUGCCUGCGCCAGGCAACCAGAGACACUGAUACGCUGAGCACUGUAGAGCCC